UCCCUUUCUUACUCUAGGGACAUUUAGUAAAACUUAAAAAAGAAUAUAAGUAUGAAGCUUUGAUGAGAUUUUCAAGCAUGCAGGAUACUUGUUUUCUAAUGUGCUGAGGGGGCUGUGCUUUGAGCUCUCACUAUUAGCCCAUCAAGUCCUAUUGAGCAUCUGGGACAGGAGGAGAACGACAGUUCUGUUGUGAAGAAAGGCAAAGGAGCCUGUGAAUGUGCUAAGAAUCUCUGAGGCGCAGUGGAGAUUUUUUGUAGUGGGGAAGGACCAAGAGUUCGUUCUCUUUCAUACAUAGAGUAUGUAAAUUGAUGAGCAGACAGUAAUUGUUUUUGAAAGCUACACGUUAAUGUGUUGGGCCAUCGUUCCCAUGGCUGGUAACUUUAUCAGCGUUUAAAGCACAGCAGAUGGACUGUGAAGACUGACUGUGGGACUCCUGGCUCUGGGGUCCUCCUUGCCCCUUGGUUGCUGGUGGUGUCAAACCCAGCUUUUUUUUUGUUUUGUUUUUAGACAGAGUAUCACUCUGUCACCCAGGCUGGAGAACAGCAGUGAUCACUCCUUUCUGCAGCCUUGAAUUCCUGUGCUCAAGCAAUCCUCCUACUUCAGCCCCUGAGUAGCUGGGACUAUAGGUGUGUGUUACUGUACCUGGCUAAUUUUUUCUAUUUUUUUAUAGAGACAGGGUCUCACUAUAUUGACCAGGCCAGUCUCAAACUCCUGGCCUCAAUGAUCCUCCUGCCUCAGCCUCCCGAAGUGCUGGGAUUACAGGCAUGUAAUCCACCCAGCCCAGCCCCAGCUCUUUAGUGGGCCCUGCAAACCUUCUCGUCUGAGCCCAGCCUGCCUAUUCUAUGCCUUCUCGCAUUCCCAGUGUACCUGCCCCACAGGGCCGCUGUGUACACUCACCCUCUAAGCCUGCCUGGAAAUACCCACAAGCCCUUCCACCCAUCUCCCACUAGAAAACGCACCCUAGCAGUUCACCUUUUUUGGAGUUUCUUCUAUUGAAAUCAUGCUGUCCUAUGAAUUCCUCCAGCAUUUUCUCCUGGCCUCCGGGAUUAUCGGCUUCCUGCUGGCUGGUACCAUAUCCGAUUCAUCUCUGACUUGGCUAAUUACUGUUAAAGAUUUUUGCAUUUAGUAAACACUCACAUAAAUCCAUUGGAUCAAACCUAGCACUUAGAUGCCAAGGCAGUUGUGUGAGUGCUGAGUGUUUUAGAACAUUGGGCUGAAAUGAGACGGGACGUGGAAGAGGCUCUACCCAUGACUUGUGAGAGGCUAGUUUGGGAAGGUUCUCUUGGGAAAGAAGGGAUAUUGGCUUCCUAGUGGGCAGCUGAGGGAGCCAUCCUGAUGGAAUCUACCCUUCGAUGCAAACUCUUUCAUGGGGUGACCAGUGAAUAAGGGAGGAAAAAGUAACAGCCAGAGAAGACUCAGCAAAACUUCUAGUGGGCUGAAGACUUCCUUGCAGUAAAGUUUCCCUCCUUUGUAGUUCCUUUGUGAGGCAGGAAGUGGAACCUACCUGAAUGGAAAGGGAGGGGCUGUUGUAAGGAUUCAUGGAGAGAUUCAUGGACCAUUCAUAGGAAAUGGAAAGACUGGCUGGCCUCCUUAGACAUGGGAAUAAGAGCACAUAUCCCUGGAUUGUGGGUGAUUCCCCUGCAGACUCAUUCGUCUCUGUCUCCCAUUGCCACCCAUCUCUGCGUCUCUGCGUACCUAUUCAUGCUCCUCUUCCCUUCCCUGACAGCUUCCACUCCCUCUACCUCUGACUGGCAGAGACUUAGACUCCACCCUUGCUCCCCUUGCUGGCUCAGCUUCAGAGCCCACUGCUGACAACUGCCUGCAUCUCUUCAUUGAACCUUUUGAAAACAUAGAGUUUUGGACAGCCGGUGGAUGCUUGAGCCUGGGUUAGGGUGUCUGCCUCCUCCGAUCAGAGGGGAGGGCUGGACAAGGAGAGGGAGGUCGGAUGGGGAGGAGGGAAUGCCUGAUCUUUCCCCGCUGCAGGGGCUGGGGGUGAGGACAGUUUCCAGGCCACAGGGACUGCCUGUGUACCCCAAAACAUGUUUUCUUCACAGACCAUUUGACAAGUAACACCAAAGAUUUGGCGUUUUCCCCCUUUUAAGUCAUCGACCUCACAGAAAGCUCAUCUAGAUGUUAGCCCACUGCUAAAUGGUCUCAGUUAACAGAUUGUAGUGAUGAAACUGGCUGUAGGCUUUGCGUGAAAGUCACUUAUGUGGUCCAGGAAAAGACCCACAGGCCAUGUCCAAAACUUGCCUGCUGACACACACACACACACACACACACACACACACACACACACAAAGUGGGCGAAGAGGAAAAACUGUGUUAUCUACACAUGGAGGAAACUACAUGCUUAAAAUACAAGUAGCCAAAACUAAAUAAUACUUAACGACCAUUAAAAUAUGUAAAAGGCUGUUAUCGGGCACUCAGGGUUUCCUUAAUGUGUUUCCUUUGAAAUAUUAUAAUCAGAGGAAGCUGUAAAAUACACUUCACAUAGCAGAAGUUUAAAGCUGAAAGUUACACCGUAAUUGGCUCUCCUCUGCAUAGCCCCAGGAAUUGUGGUGAGACUUUUGUGUUUGUUAUCCAUGAGAAUAACUUGUAAUUAUCUCCUGUCAUCGGCAGCAGUCUUAAGUAAUGAGAGACUUAGCGACCUAGGGAGAGUCUCUGAUGUGGCGGGUCUGGGGCCCUCAACUUGGGAGGUUUCUAUUUGAUCAGUAAACAUCCAUUCUAGAUAGUGCUACUGGAUAUGGUAAACAGUUCAUUUUCAGGGGCUUUUAAAGCUUCUCUUAAAUCAUAUCCUGCUUAUAAGGGUUUUCUAAAAACAGAGAAUGCUUCAAUUUUAUGUUCCUCUUUGUUUUACAAAUGUAUACAUCCAAACACGAUUUGCCUUCUCACCACUGGUUUCCCAUCCUAAGCAUUAACUGUUGAUAUUUUGACCUCACCAGGGGGCCUAGUCUGUCUUUCUUGAGCUGGCUUGCUUAUGAACACCAGGAAGAUCCGGGCCACCUCUUUCCCCAGCAUCUUCUGUAUGGCCUUCUCUUUGGUCUCAUUCGUAAGUGUGGAACCUUCCAGAAGGGCCUGGACACUGGCCCCAUGUGACUUUUACCAGCACCAGUUUCCCCGCUAGAAAGCAGGUUGUGUCCUUUAUGCUGAGCUUCUGGAAGUGCAGUGACGAGGAGGCACAGGCUUCUGGAGUGAUAGGGACAAUUCAGCGGUGGCACCACUGAGGGCCUCAUGCAUCUUGGUGGUAACACCAUCCCCAAGAGGAGAGCCAUUCAUGUGGAAUUAUGCCUUCAGCUAGAGAACUGGAUGAGUCCAAGAGCUAGGAAAUGAGGGCAGGAAUGUGACCCGUGGGUUCAAAAGAGACCCGAGUGGGUUUUCAGGUGCAGUUGCUGUGCCUCGAGGAUGGCUGUGCCUCUGCAUUCUCGGCAAAGGACAGGGUGUGGACUGGGUGUUGCUGGCAGCUGCUGUGCACCGGCUGUGGGCCUGGGGGCCUUUAGGCGGCCUCCCUAGGGUGUCAUCACCAGACACCCAGCAGCAGGGCCCUUCUAGCUCUCGGGAACCCACCCCUAGUGACCGCCUUCCCUGCCUCUCACAGCCCUCAUCUUGUGAAGAACCAUGGGUCAGAGGCACCACGAACACUCCGUAAUAUUCAUUGAAUUCAUUGAAUAAAUGAAUGAAUACAUGAAAGCAAGAGUGGUACGAGAAAAAGGCAAAUGAGAAACAAGGCUGGUCCUUCUCUGUGUCUGUGGCGGCGCUCUGGUUCACACUGGUGAAGGCAAUAUCUGACAUGCUCUUACUAAAGAGAAAAUGCUGAAAUAAUCUGCCUUUCCUAUUAGAUACGCAAGAGAGAUGAUGGAUUAGGGCUUCUCCUGCUGCCUUGUUUUCAUAAGUGAAACGUUGGUUUGCUCUGCAUCCCUGUGGUGGAAAUGGGUGUAGCUUCUUCCUCAGGCACCAGCCAUCUCCAGGAGGAGCAGCGUCUUGUGAUGACAGUCAGCCGUGUCACUCUUUCCUGGCAUUGUGAAGUCCUGUUGAUUACAACUUAGACAAAGACAGUACUGACCUGAAAUAAUCAUCUUCAGACAGACGCUCAGUUCUUCACCCUUUCCUGUGCGCUGCCUGCAACCCCUGCUCCAGGUCAUCGAGCAAAUAGAGCUUCAAGAUAACCUACUCCAUGGAGAGUGUACUUCAAUCGAGUGUAUACUAAAUGAAGCCAGGGCUUCUUAUGUGUUAGACACUGUGCUAAACACUCUGAAUAUAUUAUCUCAUUCCUCUCAGAAUACUCAAAAAGGAAGGCUUAGUCGGUCCCUGCAGUACAGAUGAAGCGUCAGAGGCAGGGGCGGUUAAGGACGCUGCAGACAGCAUUCCGCUGGACAGGCACGUCGUUGGCCUUUAAACCCAUGCCGACCCUCCAAUGCCCAGGGCAGCUGCUCACACUCUCUUGGAAACAUUGCAACACUGCUCCCUGUUGGUACAGUGAGAAGCCAGAAACCACCCCCUGGCAGCCACCCCAAGCCUUGACUGCUCUGAUGACCCCGGGCAGCCAUCUUUGGGUGUCGGCCACAGGUUCAUCGGCCUCCCCAGGCCCAGCCACAAACAGUGUCUUCUCAGCCUACUUCUCUCCUUCUGUACCUUUCCUUCCUCAAGUUAGAAAAUCCACAAGAAAGUGAUGAAUAACACUUUGCAUAUAUUAUCUCAUUUCAUCCCUCCCAGAAAACUCAAAAGGGAGGCUUCUGUCCCUGCUAUACACACGAGGCAUCAGAAGCCGAGGCCAGUCUGGCUGUCUAGCCAUCAGGUCAUCUUUGUGGAAGACCCAAGCACAGGCGUUCAAAGCCCAUGCCGUGGAGGAACUGUGACUUCAAGGGCUUCCAUCCAGGUGUUAUAAUCAUCCUGCCUCAGCACGGUCCUCUCAUCAUCCCUCGACUGGUAACGACCAAGCCCAGAGGAGAAGAGGACGGCCAGCAGCCAGGAGCCAGAAGCCGAAGGGUCGUGAAGACCUGGAGGCCAGAGGCAUGGCCCAAGCCCACAGCCUGCCUGUCCACAUGAGGGAGGGUCCCUGGGAGGUUGGAGGAAGGUCAGAGCAUGUGAUGAAGAAGGCAGUUUGGGAUGAAGAGUUGAGAAUGUCGGCUCCUGCCAAGUGGCAGAACGUCAGCCUGGAAAGCUGGAGCCAGCCACGGAAAUUAGGGAGGCAGAUGUCUGAUGGGGAUGGGGAGAGACUGUUUCAAGACCUGUACCCAUUCAUUCAAGGAGAACACGUGUUGAAUUCUCAGAACAAAGGGAAAUCCCGCUCACUGCCUAAAGUUCUUUCCCCCGAGAGCCUGGGUUGCACGGAAAUUCCCAUUCCAUUACAUGACAGGCAUUCACCUAAAAUGCCACCAUAUCCUCCCACUUGCGCACCAAAUCUGGACUCCUCGAGGAAUUCUGAGAAAGUUGGCUGCUCGGCCCCAUUUCCCCGGCCUAAGUUUGGGAGGCCUCUCAAGCCCCCAUCUUAUGGCUCACACCAGCAAUCUAGGGGAGGAGCAGACAGCAGUGACUCUCAGGACAGCCAGCAGAUCGAUGCCUAUGUCCCCAGGCACGAGCUCUGCCUGUCAGACCCGGGGUUGGAACCUCCAGUGUACGUGCCUCCGCCCUCAUACAGGUCGCCCCCACAGAACAUCCCAAACCCCUACUUAGAAGACACGGCACCAGUAAAUGUGUGUGGCGGUCACAGCCAACAGCAGUCUCCGACCGAGAAGGCUGGGGCCAGCGGUCAGCCUCCUUUGCGCCCCGCUGGAACUGGGAAUGAGUAUGGUGCCAGCCCCCGCUCACCUCAGGGGCUCCCUACACACCCCCGACCUGUCACUGCCUACGAUGGCUUCGUUCAGUACAUUCCCUUUGACGAUCCACGGUUACGACAUUUUAAACUAGCUCAGCCCCAGGGUUUCUGUGAAGAUAAAAAACUUGACGAUAAAUCAUAUAACUCCAGUCCUGUCACUGCCCAAGAGCCGGCUCAUGGAGGAAUGCAGGCUGAUGGUGCUACCUGGAAUCCACAGAGCUUGAUACCCCCAUCAGGGGAUGAGAGGGGCCCGGUCUUGGCCAAUCCCAGCCCCCGGUGGCUGUGGGGCCAGCUCCCUGGGGAUGGGGAAAACAGUGCCCUCCCCAACCAGAGAGACCGCUGUGUGGCGAGGGGACAGUGGCCUGACAUGAGAGGCAGCCAGCAUGGGCAUGCCGGAAGGCAAGUUUCCCUCCUAUACUCCCAGGGCGAGAGCACCUGUGAAACUCAAACCAAGCUCAAAAAGUUCGAAGCUGGGAGUCGCACCAAGAAAAGUUCAAAGAAAAAAAUGAACGAGACUAUAUUUUGUUUGGUUUCUAUCCCGGUGAAAUCAGAAUCACAUCUGCCAGAUAGAGAUAUGGACAACAAUGACUUAAAGCCCAGCGCUGAUCAAAAGAAUGGGUCUGAUAAGAGCCCAGCGCUGCAAGAACAGAGUCUGCUGAGCAUGUCUUCCACCGACCUGGAGCUGCAGGCCCUCACAGGAAGCAUGGCGGGGCGAACGGAGUUCCAAAAACAAGAUCUGGGGGAACCAGAAGAAGACAGACAAACAAAUGACCUCAGAUUCAUCCACCUCACAAAGCACAGAGAACUCAAGCAUUCUGGCUCUUGGCCGGGGCACCGGUACAGGGAUCAGCAGACACAAACCAGUUUCUCCGAGGAGCCCCAAAGCUCGCAGCUGCUCCCUGGUGCAAAGCUGGAAGGGUCAAGUCAGGCACCCCCGAGUCCAAAAGGUUUGGACCCUGCUGCCUCCGAAGCUCAGACGCACACGGCAUUCCCUUACGGUGACCACAAACAGAGGCCAGGUGCCCGUAACCUGAAGGGCCACAGGUCCCUCAGCCCAUCCAGCAACAGUGCUUUCUCAAGGACUUCCUUGUCCGUAGAUCAGGCACCGGUGCCAAAAGCAGGCCGAAGUCAGCCCUUCGUGGAUGUCCACAGGCUCGGAGGCCACCCUGAGCCUAAGCGGGAGGUGGUGAAGGGCGAGCCUACAGGCCCGUGCAACAGUAAACAACUCUUCGGGCAGUUUCUCCUGAAACCGGUCAGCCGUCGUCCCUGGGAUUUGAUCAGUCAGUUAGAAAGUUUUAACAAGGAGCUCCAGGAAGAGGAAGAAAGCAGCAGUAGCAGUAGCAGCAGCAGCAGCAGCGGUGAGGAAAGUGAGGCGGAGCCGCCGCAGGAGAAUGUGGGCUUCCGUGGAAACAGCCCGGAAGUGACGGUUGAGCCACAGCCGAGGAUGUGGGUGCCGGAGAGCCCCGUGUGCAGGUCGGGAAGAGGUGAGAGUAAGUCUGAGAGCUGGAGUGAUGAGUGGGGGCCUGGCCACCCGCGUGCCUGGCCUCUAUCCCCAGGCCGCUGUCGCGUGGAAGACGGUGGCGGUGCGCCUUUCUGGUCAGCAGAUGAAAGCAUGAGUGCGCAGAAGAGACACCCGGAGGUUAGCAAUGGAAUGGACGGGCCAGCGGGCAGCCCAGUUCCUGUGACGAGAAUGUCUUCAAGAUCAAGUGACGCAAAACCAGUGCCCCUGUCCUAUCCAGCUGAACCUAGGGAGCCCCAGGGAAGUCAGAAAUUCACCAGUGCUUUCAGCUCUGUGAAACCGAGCGAAGCGGUCCCUCGGCAGGUUGACAGUGGUGGAGAGAGGGGCGCAGGGCUCCCGCUGCCCCUGUCUAACAAGAACCGGGGGCUCUCAGCUCCAGAUUUACGGUCCGUGGGGCUCACCCCUGGGCAAGAGCAGGGUGCCAGCGAGCUAGAGGGGUCUUUGGGUGAAGCGAGUGUGGUAGAAAUCCCCCCAGGUGAGUCCUUGCAAGCCAGGGCUGCAAGGAUCCUGGGCAUUGAGGUGGCGGUGGAGUCCCUCCUGCCGGGAACACAGAGAGCAGGACAGAACCAACCUGCUGAGCCCGACGCAAGUGCCUGCACCCCAGAGUCCCCCCAGGAAGAGUCGCCGACUGGCCCAGAACCGGCAGCUGUCCCCAGGGUGUCCACCGAUUCCUUUUAUGGCAGGCGGAAGUGCGGCUGGACCAAGAGCCCUCUCUUUGUAGGGGACAGGGACAGUGCCAAGCGGGCUCCUCAGGCUUUUGAGGACUCAGAUGUGGACGGGGUGGUCACCAGCACAGCCCCCGUCCCUGAGCCUGAGCCUAGCCCCUCGGAAUCCGAGUUCUUUGAACAAAAGGAUGUGGAGGCAAAACCACCCUUCAGGUCCACUUUGUUUCAUUUUGUAGAAGGAACCCCAAGUGUGGCAGGCUCAGAAAAGCGACUCAGAAGCCCUUCCAAAGUGAUAGAAAGUUUACAAGAGAAGCUAGCCUCCCCGCCUAGGAAAGCAGACGCUGACCGCAUGAUGAGAAUGAAAGAGGUGAGUUCUGUGUCGCGGAUGAGAUUCCUCAGCUCUAGGAAUGCCGACUACGUGGAGGAGGCUGAGGAACUGAAGGCCACCACGAGGGGCCAGGCUGGGCUCCCGGGAGGCCCCGUGUCUCCUGGUGGCCGGGAUCAGGCCUGGAGAGGGGGCCACUCACUCUCCAUCUCCGAGGACAGCGUCUCUAAGGAAGAGAAGGAGCAUCCAGCAGCACAAAAGGAGAAGAGCCUGGAUGAAGACUUCUGGUGUCCAGAUUCCUAUGACCCUAGCAGAGUGGAGAGGGUGUGAGGAAAUGCUGGUGGAGCUUGCCUUCCAUUGCUAAUUGAGUAUUCUCAAGUAGCUGGUAGAUUUUGUCUAUCAGCCCCACUUCCCCAUGUAGAAGCUGGAAGCUGCCGGGUUUUAGCAUCCUGGUAAUAUUCUUUACUACUGCCACUAGGAAACCUGCCACCCUCUCAGAAUUGCUUUGUGGCUAUAGAGCAAUCGUCCGUUGAAACCAUCUGUUUUUAUAGCAUGAAGAUUUAAUGCCUGUAAUUAGGAAGGAGUUUUCACAGAAACUCUCCCUCGUGGGAGAUUUGACCAAGCUGGUAAAUAGUUUGGUGUUGCUCUUGUUCUGGGUGAAAAUUUGAAUGUGGAAGGUCUAGCAAAUGCUUUGGAAAGGCCGGUGAAUGGUGUGCGCCCCCUCUGUGUCUCCAUGGCCUGCGGUCCGUGCUCUUGUGAAGCAGUUUGGAACACAGGCCAUUGCCUGGCGUUUCAGCACUUUCGGUUCAGGGGAAAUGUGAAUCAAUAGGUAUGAUCCAUUUCUAAUCAAUUUGGCCUUCUGCUGCUGGAAGUAACUUUACUUAUAAGUAACUUGCCAUCAGAGAAUAAAAGCAAUAUCUUUUAAGUUCCUAAAAAGUUAAAACUUGUACUGUAAUAUACUAAGAGUAUUAUUUAUCUGGCAGUGAAAUAUUUUGAUCAUUUGCAAACAUGCCAUUGUCUGCUUUGCACUCAGUAUUAUCUAUUUUUAUUUUCUGUAUGGGUAUUUAGAAAUUCUUUAUAUGAAAAACAAUUGCUGGUUUAAAAUAGACCAUUUUAACAAAGUGACUAUAUUUCUUUUUACAAAAAUGCUAUUUUUCUAUGAUGUAAACAAUUGUUAGGCAGCAGAUUUUUAAGGAAGUAUUAUUUUAUUUAAGAGUCUGUAUCCCUUCGUGUGAGAGGAACCCAAAGAGGGUUCACUUUUGCUUUAAAGCUCUGUCCCUUACCUAUUCACAACUCUGCUACUUUUAUUUUAUCUUAGAAAAUGUCAAUAUAGACAUAUCACAGGGUUAAUAAAAUAAACUUUUCACAAAGAUUUUUUUUUACCAAUGUAGCUAUCAGGUUAUAUUUGAAAAUAACCCUCUCAAAACCAGCCAACAUUGUUAUGACAAUUUUUGCUGCCAUAUCAACUAGAAUUACCAAAAAACAUAGUUUUAUCUUUGUAUGUGUGUGGGGAUCCCUGAGAGCAUAGGUUUCUCCCCACCCCGCCACCCCACCCGUUUAAAGAAAUAUGUAUUUUUAUCUAGAAUGAUCCUGAAUUAGUCUCUGCAUAUUUUUAAAAAGUGCUUGGGGACAUUAUAUAUAUAUGCCAUUGCAAAAGUAUUAUGAGGCCUAUGUAUCCUACUGUGUUUAAUAUUGCAUUAACCUGCACAAAGUUCAUGCAUUUUUAUGCAUUUUUUUCUUUCUAAGUAAGAUAUUCUUGAUAACUAACAUUCCCUAAAUCAUUUCUUAUGUCUCGCUCCCUCCUGCCUUCCUUCCUUCCUUUCUUCCUCCCUCCCUGCCUGCCUGCCUUCCCUCCCUCCCUCCUUCCUUCACCCUGUCCUCCUUUUCCCUUUUAUUUUUUCCCCUUCUCUUUCAUUUUAUUUUCUUUUAGAGAAACCACCUUAUCUAUUUUUAGACAUUUCAAAUUCCUAAAAUGUGAACCAUUGGGUGAUCUGUCCUUUGGCCCUAAAACGGCUGGCUGGACUCUCCUGGCCUGUUCUCAUCUGCACCAUUUUAUUUCAUAAGAACUUCAUGUAUUUGGACUGUAACAAACGAAACAGAAUCUAAGUCGCCCCAAAAAAUCUUUCCAAAUCUUUUCAAAACACUCAUCUGCAGUCCAGAAUUCAGCUCUUACGAAAAGUUAUACUGCCCUCCAGUUUUCACAGCAGCAAUUGGGGGGUGGACAAAAAGUUCCUCUUCCUAGAAAAAAAUCCAGUAGGGAAGAGUUCAGACACUGUUGUGGCUGGUGAAUCAUUCAAGUAACCUGGUGGUACCAAGUAAGGGCAGAGGCACCUGCAGGUCUUUGUGGGGUCUUACUUCCCUCUUUUUUUUUUUUUUUUUUUUUUUGAGAGGAGUCUUGCUCUAUCGCCCAGGCUGGAGUUGCAGUGGUGCAAUCUCGGCUCAUUGCAACCUCUACCUCCUGGGUUCAGGUGAUUCUCCUGCCUCAGCCUCCCGAGUAGCUGCCACUACAGGCAUGUGCCACCACACCCGGCUAAUUUUUCCUAUUUUUAGUAGAGACGGGGUUUCACUGUGUUUGCCAGGAUGAUCUUGAUUUCCUGACCUCGUGAUCCUCCUGUCUCGGCCUCCUAACGUGCUGGGAUUACAGGUGUGAGCCAUUGCGCCCGCCCUUUACUUCCCUCUUCAAGGGCAAACAUAAGAAGGUAUAUGUAUGUAUACAUUUAUAUACAUGCACAUAUAUAUACACAUACUUUAUUGAUACCAUCUAAAUACUUAUUUGAAUCAAAAUAACUUAAUUUUAGCUCAUUUCUCAAGAGAAAGAGAAGGAUCCCCAAGGAAAAAAAUACUAUUGUACCUUCUGUGAUUCUCAAACCAAAACAUGAUGCCUUUCUGUUCUGUUAUCUUAAAUUGUUGUAUCAUAUCUUUCUGAAACUAUUCUGAAUUAAGUUGAAAUUAUCAGUAUUUAUACUUUAAUUGUUCUAAAUUUAAACCUACAUGUAAAUCUUCUUUUGGGGGAAGGUAACUUUAUAAGCUUAACUUGAAAAUUUGACUUUUAACCUUUCAUAUUCUAAGGUAAAUAAUAGCCUAUAAUCACCAACAGCUUUCCCGGGGGGUCUUGAAUUUAACACUAAUUAUUCAGUUAUUGUUUCUCUUUCUCAAACACACAUAACUCCGUUAUUAUUUGUGGCUGGAAGAAAAAGUUUUUGUAUUUUGUUUUUGUCUUUAUCUCAUGCACACAAUUUGUUGUUGGUGUUAAAUAAUUUGGAGCUCAUAAAAUUAAAUUAAAAGUUGUAAUUUUGACCAUUUGGACUGAAAAUUAUAUGAGGAAUUAUAUAUGCAAUGUAUUAGUAUUUCCUGAGUUUGUAAAAGAAGGGGAAAAUGAUGGUAAUUUGGCUCAAAUUGCCUGUCUUUGAAGAAAAUCUCGGAAUGACUGAAAACCAAAUAUCUGUAUCAUCACUUUCAACCUCAUGUUUCUGCAGACUACAGAAAAGCUCCUCACUGACCAUGCGUCCAGCCCCUGAUUGGGUCUUCAGGAUUAUGUCCAUGUGCAUAACUGCUUGAAUUUCUUCUUUAAAGUCUCUAAAACAUGAAUCUGUUGUUUGAGAUCCUGGUUCCUUAGAGUUGUAGGUUGCGGUUUUAAUUCAUGUGAAAAUUCUAAGUAGAACUUACGCUGAUCCAUUUUAUUGUUGGUGAAGGGCCAUUGUUAAUGGAAGUUUAGGUUUUUAAACUCAAAUGACUCUAAAACCAGACCCUGAUCAUUUCUUGCAGCAGCAAAAUGACUUACUCUGACAACGUCUCGGUUUAGGGCUUCUGAAGAACAAGGAUGACACUGAUCCAUUGAAACAACUACUUUUCCAACUCAGAGGCAGAAGGGGCUGAUGGAAGAUAACAUUCACCUACCAUUUUAUCUUGUGAUUCCCGCCCCCAUCAAGAUCAUGUCUCAGUGUUCUGGCUCGGUUUUUUGUUAUUGUUUCUUUGUUUUAAAUGAUUAAAUAAUACACAAUUAAGUGUCAGAAUAGCAUCUCUUGCAAAGUGAGCAGUGCAGCAGAAUUGUCUAUCCAUAUUUGAGCUUAGGGAAACAUUUCCCACAUCCUAAGUCGGUAGAAGCAGUUACUUUAGCGUUCGGGAGCAUUGUUCUACCACAGCCAUUUGUGCAGGGGAGAUGAACUGAGGAGAUGGGAUGUCGGGUGGGAGUGUGAGUGUGUUUCUUCAGCCAAAGCUGUUGCAGGCCUGGGGGAUCUUUGCCUUUUCCUUUUGUUUUGUUUUGGAUUGCAGAUUCUGUACAUCUGUCUGUGGGAGGAGAGUUGCUACUCAGGCCAGGAUUUAAGAGACAUUCCAGUGACCUUUAAGAGGUGCAUGGCGGGAGGUCCUUCUCCAGGAGUGUGGGUUGGUCCACUCUGGGACCCACCACGCUAAGGGGGAGAUGAUAAAAUAACAUUAAAGGAAGAAUGGCCUCCAGCCUGCAGGUUUUGUUGGAAAGAAAUAAAAAGGGAGUGAUUAAGACCAUAAAUUCAGAUUGAGUUCUCCCAAAAAGGUUGAUGCGGGCUAGCAACCUGCCCGUCGAAACAGUCCUUGCUUCAUCAGCAGUGUGGGGAGGUGGUCCAGGCUCCUGCAGAUUCCUGGCUUUGACCUCGGAAAGCCUCUGUGAUACUUGCAUGUACGAACACAGCAGAGGACAGGGAGGUCCUUGUUCUGUGGUCUCUGCUUAGUGACUGAAACUUAAACCCAAAGGCAAGCCCAGAGUGUCUGGCCGUUCAUUCCCGUUCCUUGAUGGCGGUGAGGAGGAACGUUUUCCGUAUGAAAGGCAGGCCCUGCUGAGGCUUACAACCAAGCCAAAGGACCAUCUCUUCUUUCCCCCACCCUCCUUCACCCCUGCCCCGCAGCAGAGCCGAGAUGUGAGACAUUCAUGGUCACAGAGCAAGAAGACAAAGGCAAGUUCAAGUUGAAAAGCAUAUGGCAGCAAACAAAUGAAAACCAUAUGUCCCAGCCAGGGGGAAAAGCAGUCACUUCCAGAUUAUAAAAAUCAGUGAAGUACUCUCCACCUGGGUCAGCUGAAAUUCGAGCCCUCACAGUCAGGCCUGUCAGAGAAGCUAAGCAGAAACAUCUCAGGGGGUUGGGGGAACGUCUAAAAUUUGGUGAGGACAAGGCCUUGCAACCCUAAAGAAACUUUUUCCCUUAAAAUAGGGUCUUGCUCUGUUGCCCAAGCUGGAUUGCAGUGGCGUGAUCAUGGCUCACUGCAGCCUCAAACUCCUGGGCCCAAGCGCCCUCUCCAUCUCAACGUCCCUAGUAGCUGGGACCACAGAUGCAUGCCACCAUGCCCAGCUAACUAGAGAAACUUUCAUUUGUUCAUUCUUUCUUUGGGCACCAUGAAUACCUAAGGCAGGUAGAAAGGGUCCUGGAAAGAUAAUUGGCGAUGGCCGAUUGCUGGCUGCAGUCAUUGCCCCCAGAUCAGGCUGGUACAGGAUGCCUUAAGGUGAUGAGGUGAGGGUGCAUGAAGAAUAAUGAGCACAGGGAAGAGAGAAGAAGCAGGACAAAGUAGCAGAUAAGUACCGGCAAAGCACCAAUGAAUGUCUUCAAGGAGCUCUUGUGUUUCUCUGCACAAUGUAAAUACCCUUGCUAUUUCAGGAUGGCGGCUGGCCUGCUCGGUAACACACAUGUUCCAAAUAAAGAUUUUGCAUGAAA